GCAGGAGGUGUCUGUGGCGCUCGGUUUGGUGCAGCGGAAUUUCACGGACGUCAAGGUCGUGGACGGCAGCGAGCUACUGGCGGCCACCUCGUCUGGUGACGUCAUCAGGAUGAGGCUUACCGGUCCCCCUCUACAGGCUGUGCUUGUCUCCGUCAUGACCCCCCGAGGGGGGAGACAAGCCCCCCACCACACCCCCUCCCCUGGACUGACGAGCUUGCUGGCGCUGUCGAGCUGUGAUCUGGUGGUGGGGGACACGAGGGGGGCGGUGAGGGGGCUGCGAUGUGUGAGGGAGGCGGGGGACAAGCAGCCCCCCCUUAGGGAGCACGGAUCCCUUAAGAUCACGAGACCAAGGGAUCCUACCAAGCCUCUUAUGCAAGAAUUAUGGCGGGUGGAGUUGGGUGCCCCCGUGACGUCACUGAGCCUGCAGGGCUUCACCCUCCUGGUGGGGACGAGCGCCUGUGAGAUGCAACAGCUGUUCCUGGGGGCACGGGAGCUGCUAGAAGACGCGUCUCUGGGGGGCGCCGCCCCCGGCUGUGGUGCCUCUCAGCAUCCCGCGACAUGUAAGCUCCGUGCUGAUGUCCCGCCUUCGCGUCUGCUGGCCACGAGCUGUACGAGCGCCGUGCACGACUUAGCCUUCCCCAGAGGGUUAGACCACCUGCUGGUGACGGCGGGGGUGGGGGGCGUGCGCGUGUGGUGCCUAGCAACCCACCAAGAACUCCUCCGCCACGCUCACCACGGACUAGUUGCUCUCGCGUGUGACGUCACGCAUGACCGCUCAACCAUAUUGGCAGGGUGGGAGGAUGGUGGGCUGAGUGGAGUGGGGGCGGAGAGUGGGCGGCAGCUGUGGCGGGUCACGGGCGCCCACCAGGGCCCACUCAGCGCCCUCUGCGCCCUUAGCUCACCUCUGCUCGUUACUGGAGGUCACGACGGCAAGACUGGGGGAGGCCGCAGGGCUGCUGGCGUCCUGCGGGAGCGACGGUCUCUGCGUCGUCUGGAGGCUGCCGUGUGGGACUGGGGCGAGGGGAGGCAGGUUGGGGAGGGCCGAGGGCACACGCAGCCCCUCACACGCGUCAAGGUCUCGCCCUCAGGGGCUCUGUGCGCCUCGGCGUCAGCUGACGGCGCCUUGAUGGUCUGGCGCCUGCCUGAGCCUUGAUGGUCUGGCGCCUGCCUGAGCCUUGAUGGUCUGGCGCCUGCCUCAGCCUUGAUGGUCUGGCGCCUGCCUGAGCCUUGAUGGUCUGGCGCCUGCCUGAGCCUUGAUGGUCUGGCGCCUGCCUGAGCCUUGAUGGUCUGGCGCCUGCCUGACACUUGAUGGUCUGGCGCCUGCCUGACA